AUGGUGUGCACCAAAUGCCAGAAAAAGCUUAAGACCACCGAGCUCGCCACGCCGGGUGUCAAACGCAAGAAUGACAUGUACUACGGCUCCCCGUCCACCACUCUAGGCGGCUCCUCGGCCGGUGCUGCAAAGGCUAAAUCAACCCUGGGCAACAUGGGUAUCGGCAAGAGUAAACUUCUCAGCUCGAAGGCGAAGAAUCCUUAUGCGGCGUAUGCUUCGUCUUGCGAACUUUGCAAGACGAAGACUGAGCAGGGAAAGAAGUACUGCCAGCGCUGUGCUUAUCAGAAGAAUGCCUGCCCGAUGUGCGGCAAGAGUCUGGCUGGCAAAUCGGCCAAGGACCAGCCCGUUGUGCAAGGUCAGAAGUUCAACUUGAAAUGA